AUGUCCAGCCCUGAAGAGACGCAAAUCAUCGAAGAGCAACGCCGUCUCUCUCAAAAUGGGGUCCUGAACGCCGGGUUCAUCCACCUCCAGCCAACGGACGCUCCGUCGACGCUGCAACAAACGCUGCAGCUUUUGCAACAGCAAUUGGCACAGCAACAGCAACUACUAUCGCAGCUCGUGCAACAGCAUCAACAGCAGCCGCAGCCACUGUUUAAUCCGGAGCUAAUACUGGAAGCCCUUGCGGGCAAUAUAAGUGAAUUCCGUUACGAUCCAGAAGCAGGAUUGACCUUCGAAUCGUGGUACGCACGGUACAUUGACCUGUUCCAGGAGGAUGCAUCACGUUUAGACGACGCCGCCAAGGUUCGGCUCCUGGGACGCAAACUGGGAACCGCCGAACACGCCCGGUUUAGUAACUUCAUUUUGCCUCGUGUACCGCGUGAUUUCAGUUUUAGCGAAAUGGUGGAAAAGUUAACAGUCCUUUUCGGCAAAAUGGAAUCCGUGUUAAGUAAGCGCUUCAAAUGCUUUAAUAUUUCAAAAACGCGCACCGAGGACCUGCUAGCAUUUACAUGCCGUGUUAACAAAGCGUGCGUCGAAGCGGAAUUUUCUUCGAUGACGGAGGAAGAUUUCAAAUGUCUCAUCCUUGUAUGUGGGUUGAAGGACGAAAGCGUACGGGACAUACGAAUGAAAUUGCUAGCCACCAUCGAAGACAAGAAAUACGCCACCCUAGAGCAGCUAGCAGCGGAAUGUCAACGGUUAGUGCGUGUGAAAGCUGAUAGUGCCAUGAUCGCCACGGAUACCAGUGAACGAGUGCAUGCAAUGCACGCCAGAAGCAGCCGCCAGUGGCACCGGAACAACAACGGCAACGAGCGCCAUACCAAGUCAGCCCCCCGAAGUGAAGCCUCCAAACCACAUACUCCGUGCUGGCUUUGUGGUGCCCUGCAUUGGACCCGUGACUGCACUUAUAAAACCAACAAGUGUCGAGAUUGUGGACGUAUGGGUCAUCGAGAGGGUUUCUGCAACUCGUCUCAGCGACGCAAAGGACGACCGCGGUUCGAUCAUCGUCGUGCAGUAGCAUCUCGAGUAGUACGAGUCAACGUGUGUAGCAUACAACAGAAGCGGAAGUUUGUCAACAUUUUUAUCGAAGGGAAGCCGGCUCGACUACAACUUGACACCGGGUCAGACAUCACUGUGAUCAGCCAGCGGUUAUGGAAGCAGCUGAGUAAGCCUCAUCUUAACCCACCGAAGGAACAGCGGAAACAUGUUCCUGGGAAGAGAAAUUUCCAACGGUUUUUAUCCGGAACGGGCCUGUGCACCAAGGCACAAAUACAUCUACAGCUGCGACAGGAAAGCAGACCAGUUUUUCGACCGAAACGUCCGGUCGCAUACGCCAUGGAAGAUGCUGUCAACAACGAAUUAGAUCGACUUGAAAAGCUGGGGAUCAUUACUCCCUGCGACUAUUCGGAUUGGGCAGCACCAGUCGUAGUAGUGCGCAAAGCGAACGGCAAAAUACGACUAUGCGGAGACUAUAGCACCGGACUCAACGCAGCAUUACAUCCACAUGAGUAUCCGCUCCCGUUACCGCAAGAUAUUUUUUCGAAACUAGCCCGUUGCGUCACAUUUACACAAAUUGAUCUGUCCGAUGCAUUUUUGCAGGUGGAAAUAGAAGAAAAGAGCCGACCCCUGCUUACCAUCAACACGCAUCGAGGCCUUUACUAUUAUAACAGGCUACCUCCAGGUAUCAAAGUAGCCCCUGGUUCUUUUCAACAGAUCAUGGAUAAAAUGCUCGCCGGUGUAAAUGGAGUCUCCGCCUACAUGGAUGAUGUGAUUGUCGGCGGAAAGACGCAGGAAGAGCACGAUGCCGCCCUAAAAGAAACCCUGCAGCGAAUAAAGGACUAUGGGUUUACCAUCCGCAAAGAAAAGUGCUCAUUCAACAAGCCGGAGAUUCGAUACCUAGGGCAUAUCAUCGACAGCCGAGGCCUACGACCCGACCCUGCCAAGAUCGACGCCAUCAAGAAGUUACCUUCUCCAACAGAUGUCACAGGCGUUCGAUCGUUCAUCGGUGCUAUAAACUUUUAUGCGAAGUUCAUUCCUAACAUGCGUAAAUUACGCUACCCGCUGGAUAAGUUGCUGCUAACCGGAAGUGCGUUCCAGUGGACUACCGAAUGCCAAAAAGUCUUCGAACAAUUUAAAGCCCUAUUAUCCACGGAACUGUUACUCACGCAUUACGACCCAAAGCGCGACAUAGUUGUGUCUGCCGAUGCAUCUUCGGUUGGUUUAGGAGCAACGCUAUGCCACAAGUACCCGGACGGAUCUAUGAAAGUGGUUCAGCACGCAUCCAGAGCGCUCAGCAAAGCAGAAUUUGGUUACAGCCAAAUCGAUAGGGAAGGGCUAGCAAUAAUUUUUGCUGUAACAAAAUUUCACCGCAUGAUUUACGGUCGUCAUUUCACGCUGCAGACUGACCACCGACCACUAGUCCGCAUAUUCGGCAGUAAGAAGGGUAUUCCUACAUACACAGCAAAUCGGCUGCAAAGGUUUGCGCUAACCCUUCAGCUGUACGACAUGGACAUUGAGUACGUACCAACUGGCUCAUUCGGAAAUGCCGAUGUAUUAUCUCGUCUGAUACAACACCACGCGAAACCUGAAGCCGAAUACGUGAUCGCCAGCUUGGAGCUAGAGGAGGAUUUAAGAGACGUUGAAACAGCUACGCAGGCUGACCCCUUGCUCCGGAAGGUCCAUAACCGCAAAAGCAUUCCCUCGAGCUACGCCAGCGGCAUGGCCAACACCUACGGGCGUCUGGCGUAG